UGACGGAAGUUUCUAAUGUGUGAGGUCUCAAAUGGACGUAGAGGAAACGCAACGAGAAGAGACAUAAGAGGUUUGAGUUCCCGGCGCCACCCCUCUGUUUUGAGGGGGCGCGGCGAAUGGCACGUCCCGAGGCGGCCACUUCCGCCGGCGCUGGGAGCGGGACUCGCUGCUGCCCUUGGUCGCUGGGUCGUUGUUGGCUUCGAGGCCGCAGCAUCCACAAUGAACUUACUUCAGAUGGUACGGGACCACUGGGUACAUGUCCUUGUACCAAUGGGGUUCGUCCUUGGAUGUUAUCUGGACAGAAAGAAUGAUGAAAAGCUAACUGCCUUCCGGAAUAAGAGUAUGCUAUUUAAAAGGGAAUUGAGACCCAAUGAAGAAGUCACCUGGAAGUAGAAGCUGUGGCUGAGAUACAGGAUGUUCUCAUCAUAAAAAUUAUGAGAGAAAUAAAGGCAUUAUUUACCGUGAA